ACACAAAGUGAAAGUGAUAAUGAAGAAAUAAAAGACUCAGAUAGUUCAACAAGUGAAGGAGAUAAAAUUCCAUCUAGUGGUUUAUGUCGAUAUUGGCAAUAUACUCAUCGCCAAUUUAGACAAAAAAUGCAGUUAACUAAAAGAAAAGGAAGAAAAAAAGCUGCCAAUACUACUGGUCUUCUUAAAAAAGUUCGGGCAGCUAUUUUCUUAUCACUUGAUGAGUUGUGGUCAGCACAAUCGGAGUGGUUCAAAUUGCUGCAAUACUUGAUCCUUGAUUUAAAGAUUUUAAAUAGGAUAAUAUGG